UGAAAACGUCGUCAAGUUCGGCCGGGCCAAACACUGAGUUCUCGCGUCUAGUCAGCUGUGACUUACAAAUUGGGAUACACAAAAUAUAUGUGCUUUCUUUGUAAAUGGGAUUCACGUGCUACCAGCAGCCAUUAUCAUAUUAAAUAUUUCGAAGAACGUAAAGAAAAUAUUAUUGGUAACUUAAAUGUAAUCCAUGAAUCUCUUGUCCCAAAAGAUAAGGUCAUACUUCCACCGCUGCAUAUUAAGUUGGGCGUGGUGAAAAAUUUUAUUAAAAGCUUAAAUACACAAGGAUAUGCUUUCAAACGCAUUCAAACAAUUUUCCCCAGAUUAUCUGCAGCAAAAUUAAAAGAAGGAAUGCUCGUUGGACCCGAUAUAAGAAAAUUAUUACAAGAUGAAGAAUUUUAUGGUCAUCUGUCGGAUAUGCAAAAGACAGCAUUUGACUUUAUGCAGCUGGUUAUUUCAGAAUUCCUUGGAAACUCAAAAGCACAAAACUAUGGAGAAAAUAUUGAAAGCAUGCUAAUCGGUUUUAACAAUCUUGGCGUUAAGAUGUCACUAAAGCUGCAUUUUCUGCACUCUCAUCUCAAUUUUUUUAAAGAAAACCUUGGAGCGGUUUCAGAUGAACACGGUGAAAGGUUUCAUCAGGAUAUAAAGGUAUUGGAAGAAAGCUUCAAAGGGAAAUCCCAAAGUGUAAUGCUUGCUGAAUACGUAUGGGGCUUGUACAGAAACCUUGACACAUCGGAACAUUCACGUCAAGCUAAAUACAGGAAAGCAUAUUAUGUUUAAUCUUUAAUCCAUUGU